AUGGCGAUUACGACGAUCUCGUCCUCCGAACAUAUCACCCGAAUAUUCGGCGGUCUUCCGGAGAUUUCAACUCCAUCUUUUGCCGGCGGAUUCGCUGGGAUUGUGUUCUUCUAUGCCGCCGCCGCAUCGUCUCUUGAUCAGGAAGUUCACGCUAAUGAAAUGGCUCACAAGUUUAAUCCUAAAGAAGUUGUUCUGUAUCAGUACGAGGCUUGCCCUUUCUGUAACAAGGUUAAAGAUGCAGAGGAGGAAGCAGCAAGAGGACGGUGGAAGCAAGAGCUGCAUGAAGAAAACAAGCUAACCAGAUCAGCUGUGAUGGUUACUUCUGGUGUCAAUCAGGCAUUUGUCAAUAUCUUUGUGAGUCACUCGCUGAGUCCAAAUCGAUUCCCAAAGUUGUAACCGUUGUGAAUCCUGGUAACCCAAACAGCACCUAUGUCCUUGAUCCUAUGUAACAUUUUGAUAACAUAUGGAUAACAGCUUUUAUAUAGUUAUAUAACAUAUGUAACAUUUUUUUGAUUUUGUAAAAUAUGAAACCGAUGAAUUA